UGGUCAAUCAGUUAGUAUGUUGAAAAUGUAAACAGUAUGUUAAAGACUUUUAUAAUUCUCUAAAAACUUUUGUAUUAUCACUAAUAACAUACGAUAUAAUUAGUUAAAUAACUGAAGUUACCGUCUUAAGUACUCCAAUCGAUUAAAUUUUCUAAGGUUAUUUCCUAUUUGUGUGUAAUAUAUUUGCCUUCUCGGACUGAAAAUUAGUUAAACCUUUUGAUCAUGACCGACGAAAAUGCAAAAGGCGACGUGCCAGAUAUUGAUGAACCUCUAACUUCUAUGCAGUCAAUGAAUAUAAGAAACGACUCGCCAGAGGAUUCUUGCAACGAGCAGGACUCUACGAAGAAGACGGACAAACUAAAAAUUGAUAUUUUAUUGAAACCCACUGGUAACGCACCAAUAAUGAAGAAAAAGAAGUGGACCGUGGACAGCGACAAAAAGAUCGGUUGGAUAGUCGAGUUCAUAAAAAAGUAUUUAAAGUUGGAAACAAAUGAAAAAUUGUUCUUGUACGUGAAUCAAACGUUUGCCCCUUCGCCUGACCAAAUAGUUAAGAAUUUAUACGACUGCUACAGUACGGAAGGCAAGCUAGUGCUGCACUACUGUAAAACACAAGCAUGGGGCUGAGACAUCUACUAUUUACGAUAAAAGUUUAAUUUUAACGUAAGCUACAUAUUUGUGAUAUUUAAUCACGCUUUCUUUGUUACAAUAGCAAUUUCUUAGUCAUAUUAAUUUAAUUUAUUCAUAUGGUGUAUGACAUUCCCGAUUUCAUUCAGUAAAGACUUCACAA